AUGGACUUUUGCACUCUCAGCCCGCCUAACAGCUCGUCACUGAGUGAUUCGGUGAUCGGUAGUGUCAUGCAGCGCACCUGCAAACUCCGUAACUCGUCUAUUCGCAUCAGCGAUACGACGCGUAACGACAUUGACGCUAUAAACUCAUCUCAACAACAUCCCACACGUCACACAUGCCGCCACACACCGUAUCAGAAAUCGUUUCACGGCUACGUGCAAAAGGAAUCCAAGAGCCCCGAUCUCUUAUCAUCCGUUGCCGAGCUUAUCGGGCAGACUGAUUUAUCAUCGGGUCGGAAACGAACUGUUUGCGUUCCAGCCGACCUUGAUACUGCAAACAAGGUUAUUGCAAGCAUCCAAGGAGCCGAUCAUUACAUUCCAGCUGACCUGCAGCAGGCCAUGGUGGCUGAGGCCUUGAAACGAAAGAUUCGCCACCGAGAGCGCUGCCGUGUAAGCCAGGCACGCUACCGACAGAGGCAGAUUCGAACGGAGUCUACACUAAACGAUGCCGUUGUCAAGCUGAAAGCGGAAGUUGAGGACCUUGAGAGGAAGUGCAAGGACUCAGUGUGCGUCCAAACAACGCCGACGAUUUGGGCUUUGGCGUCCGAGUACUUUCGCCAGUUUAACUGCUACGUGUCCUCCCCAGGAAAAAUGUACAAGGUGGCGUCCAAGUUUCUCCACGAUAUCAUGGCACCAAAUGUCAUGGAGGGUGCGCUAAUUGGUGUUGACGCGCAGGUGGAAAACUGGAGGCUGCUUGCCCUUUAUUUUGAUGAAGUUCACGUGGACCUGAAGGGGUUAACGAUGCCAAUGCCCAACACACUGAUUGCGACCACAGUCACCAGUGUGAUUAUAACGAACAAAACACUGCGUCAUGCAUUCCCCCAUCUGAACAGCGAUGAUGCUGGUGGCACGAAAGGCGGCACGUGGUCAUCUCUCGCUUCUAGGCUACUGGGAAGGAAACUCGUCAUGCGCGGCUCAGUGUUCUUUGGCUGGGACAGCAGCUCCGACAAAGUGGUGAGAGUAUAUUCGCAGGCGGACAUGGUAACCCCCAUGCUGACGCUGCUAGGUAACCUAGAGGAUGUGUCUUUCGUGUUCGAUAAAGCUCGAGUCACGCCCGAAUGUUCAUGCAAGAGAUCCAUUAGAUGAAGACAUAGUAGCUAGCUAACUAUACAGCAAUCCAUAUUUUUACCCAG